AUGCCGCUCGUCGUUUUAACAGGAUAUCCGUGCUCCGGUCUUACCCAUCGCGCCAAUCAACUAGCAUCUCUGUUUGAGAAACAUCAAGAUGAAGUAUUCGCAGCAGCCGAAGCAGGCGCGCAGGUCUCCUUGAAGUCUCGAUACAAGGUCCAUGUGGUCGCUUCGCACGAUUCCUCUCAUCCACGGAUUGUCUACGACCAUGCCCGCACCGAGAAGGAGGCGCGCGGCGUCGCCUACGCGAGAGCCAAGCGUGUGCUCAAGCGGGACAGCAUCGUCAUCCUCGACGGAAUGAAUUAUAUCAAAGGAUGGAGGUACCAGCUGUGGUGCGAGGCGAAAGCUGCGCAAACGACGUGCUGUGUGGUUCACGUCGGGACACCCGUCGACCAGUGUGUCGCCAACAAUGACGCUCGACUGCGCCGAGACGCCAGAAAGGAAACAGACCCAAAGACAUUGGAUGCGCAGACCUCCGAAACCCAAGAUACCCCCGCACCCGACUCCGUAGAGUCUACCGAGGACACCGAGGAGGCCUACCCACCUGACCUGCUCAACAACCUCAUCUUCCGCUACGAGGAACCAAGUACCCACAGCCGCUGGGAUAAGCCCCUGUUCACAGUUCCCUGGGCGGAUCCAGAACCCCCGGUAGCAGACAUCUUCGAAGCCUUGACAGGCGUAGUCCUCCCAUCAACCGAAGCUCCCACCGAAACAGCCAUCCCAAGCCUAAUGGACUCCCUCGCAUCCACCACGAUCUCAGACGUCGCCAGCACAGCAACCGGCACUCGAGGCGGGGGCGGCCGCAGCGGGCUCUCAACACGCGCCCGAAUCAUCCCGCACCAAGCCACCGUCCAAGCAGCUGCAACAGACUCGAACGCAAUGUACGCAAUGGAAAAGCGGACGUCGGCAGUUGUGACUGCAAUCCGCAAUUUCACGCAGACCUACCCGUCCGCGGAAGUAGCACUUGCGCAGAGCAGUCGUGCGGAUGAAAUCGCCAUUGACGUCCCGGAGACAACUAUUCCCAUCCUGGUUCCGUCCCAUGUCGCCAUGGCUGGAACGACAGAUGAACUCGCCGCUGCUGGUGGGAUUCUGGCUUUGCCGCGGCUGCAGAGGCUGCGCAGGCAGUGGAUUAGCUUGCACAGGUCAUAUAUUGGUCGGGGUCAUGGUGCUGGAGGAGGCGCGCUGGCGGCUGAUCAGAUUGGAGAUGCGUUUGUGCGGUUCCUCAAUGCCGAGUUCUCGGGUGUGGUUACGGAGGCUGCAGAAGAAUAG